CCCCGCUCCUGUCACCGCCUGCGUCAGAGCCCGGAGUUUUCCACUGACGGAAAAGGGCAGCGCGGGGCGGCGCAGCCCGGCCCGGCCCCGGCAGCGGAGCGGGAGGCGCCGCGCCAGGCACCGCCGCUGCAGCCGGAGCCGCCACCGCCGCCGCAGUUAUAUGACAAAAACGGCGUCACCAUGAGCGGAGUAUUGAAAAGGAAGUAUGAAGAGCUGGGAGAUGACAGCACCUACUGCUCCUCCUCCUCCUGCUCCCCCCUGUCCUCCUCAGCAUCCUCAGGCUGGGACACUGAUGAGGAGAAUUCCCGUGGAGAGCCCAAGCCCAGCUCUGCCUUAAUGUCCAGCUUCACCCCCACGUCAAUCCUGAAGAAAUCCAAGCGACUAAAGAAGAACAAUGUGGAGUUUGACCGGGUCACUGUGUUUUACUUCCCACGCUGCCAGGGCUUCACGAGUGUGCCCAGCCGUGGGGGCUGCACCCUGGGCAUGGUCAGCAAGCACAGCUCCUCCCGCCAGUUCACGCUGGCAGAGUUUUCAAAGGAGCAGGAGAACGUCCGUCGGGGCAAGCUCGAAGAGAAAUUAAAAGAGGAGAAGUUGGAAGCGUUGAAAUGGAAACUCACCAUGAACGGCACCAAGGAGUCAGAGGAGGCCAACCAGCUCACCAUCGAGGACAUCUCCGACGACGACAUCGAUGUCAGCAACGUGGACCUGGAGGAUGGCUUCUUCCUGCAGCCCUACCCCGCCAAGAAGAGGCGGGCGCUGCUGAAGGCCGUGGGCGUGAAGAAGAUCGACAAGGAGGAGAAGCGGGAGCUGCACAACAUCCGCCUGUCCCGGGAGGACUGUGGCUGCGACUGCCGCGAGGUCUGCGACCCCGAGACCUGCAGCUGCAGCUUGGCAGGCAUUAAAUGUCAGAUGGAUCACACCUCCUUCCCCUGCGGCUGCACCAAGGACGGCUGUGGCAACACCGAGGGCAGGAUCGAGUUCAACCAGGCCCGUGUGCAGACGCAUUUCAUCCACACCAUCAUGAAGCUGGAGCUGGAGAAGCAGCAGCAGCAGCAGAGCAGCGAGAAGGUGGCGGAGGCCGAGCCCCCAUUCCGGGAGCGGCUCCCUGCGCUGGGAUGCGCGGCAGGGAAGGGCUCGCUGGAGGAGCGCGCGGUGCCGCUGGCGCCUGCCUUCCAGUUCAGCCCCGACCUGGAGGCCCUGGGGGAGAACAGCUGCAGCAGCGACAUGACAGACUCCUCCAUCUCCUCCCACCCCAGCGAGGACCUGGAGGAGCCCUACGAGAGCCUCCCCUCCGAGAAAUCCCAGUCGGACGUGGACGACGACGGCUUGGCACGCAUCCUCCACUUCAACGACUCGGACGCCGAGGAGGAGAGCAGGCGUGGCCAGGAUGACCUCGGCUGCUUCCAUCCCACCGACUUCUUCAUCGAGGACCACGGCAGCGAGGCUAAGCCCGUCCCUGGCCACUUGCCCCACCUGUCGGAGUGCCUGGAUGAGAAUGCCAACCAGGACAGCGGGGGUUUGCUGGAGGAUGCAGCCCACGGGAGGUGCGAUGGGCUGUCCUGCUGCGCCCCCUCCUCCACUGAGCCCUGCUCCAAGAGCUACGCCGACCUCAGCCUUUCCUCUGAUUCCUUGGAUUUCUUCCAGUCCUUCUCGGACUAUAACUUGGGACCCCUUUACAACUCCUUAAAGGAGUAUGAGAACCUGGAUAACUUCUCAGCGUUACAGUUUCAGUUGCCUAAUUUCCCUGGCUUCCCGCAAGCUGGAGAUCAGGGCUCCUGUUUCUUGGAGUCCCUCAUUGGUUUGUCCGAAUCCGUCCCUGAAACCCCAGCCCCUUUCACAGACAAUCAACUUUUGGAGGAUGCCAUCAAGUCAUCACUGAUGGAGACAGUGAAGGUGUGAAACACUGAUGUGGCUCAGGCAAGGACUCAUGCCAAAAGGAAAACGGAGGAACAGUUGGACAGGCAAACUUUCACUGAAAGGAUGUGCUACUCAAAUAUAAGGAGGAAAAAACAGCAACAGCAGAAAACUUUCUAAGCAAAUUAACUAUUUUUGGUCUUUAUACAACAUGGACGUUUUGACAUACUGCAGCUACAAUCAGUUCUCUCGCUGUUUGUGCAAAAAUUUCUAAACUUUCAUGAC